GGUUAGCUCCGGCGGUAUCCUAUCAUCAGUUAGUCACUCGCCACUGGUAUAGGUCUGCUCGCCUGGUUCUUGGUUAAGAGCCGGGUAACAGGGGCAGAUCUGAUAGAUUGCCUUCGAUCUGGCAUACAACCGCCCUUCUCCCAUCCGCUCCGUUGCUCCCGACCAUCCUCACUCUCCUAUUCCCUCCGACGCUACGAACGUGACCCCCACCGCCCAGGGUCGCUCGUCACCGCAGACCCCGUUGGAAACCGAUAUCAGUCAUCGUGGAGAAGUUGGUUUAGUCGGGAGCGUGGAUCCUACGGUUUCUCGUCGACGACGCCGUCGUCCUUCCACCACACCUAGUACCUCCGGCUACUCGACAUCUGCGGGAACCGAACCUCUUCCAGACGAUCAUUCGGGAAGCGAACCCGCUUCUCAGGAACAACCACAUACAAUCCAGUCUCACGCCCACUCUAGGGGCCCUUCGCCAUUUCCUAAGCGCAGGCGCCUGUCCAGUAUGCGGCUCGACGGUAUUUCGAGUGCAAACGGCUAUAGUCAAGGGUCAAACGGCACCGCCUCGUCUCCAUCGCGAAAAACCGAUCAGGCUCCUUAUGUGUCGUUCAACGGGGAUACAACUACAAACGGACACGCCAAAUCAUCUGCCAACCUCCCAUCAUACUAUGGUCAUGAUCGAGAGGAGGUUACCCGAAUUCUGAUUCAGAGUCUGUAUGAGCUGGGAUAUAACGGAGCGGCAUCAUUAUUAGGCAAGGAAAGUGGCUAUCAGCUGGAGAGUCCAGCAGUUGCUAAAUUCCGCAACGCUGUGUUGGAAGGGCGAUGGCCGGAUGCUGAGAGUAUCCUACUCCAGUCGUUUUACCCUUAUAGCGGGGGUUCAGGAAAGACUGGCCAUAACAAAGAGAAGUUAUUACUGGCAGAAGGUGCCGACAAGAGUGAGAUGCUUUUUUAUCUUCGACAGCAGAAAUUCCUGGAGCUAUUAGAGGCCCGAGAUCUGGGAGCCGCGUUGAUUGUUCUACGCCAUGAACUAACCCCUCUAAAUUACGACAUUGGACGUCUUCAUGCUCUUUCUAGUCUCCUUAUGUGCCCGCCUGAACAUCUUCAUGAUCAAGCCGGAUGGAAUCGUCCCAUAAGUAGUUCCCGAGAGCGAUUAUUAUCGGAACUCUCCAAAUUCAUUUCGCCGUCUGUAAUGAUUCCAGACAACCGCCUUGCGGUAUUAUUAGAUCAUGUCAAGAAGAGCCAGAUAAACCAGUGCUUAUAUCACAAUACGGCAACUCCCCCCUCGUUAUACUCGGAUCAUAUGUGCGACAAAGCCGAUUUCCCCCUUCAAACCGCAAUAGAAUUGAGCCAGCAUUCGGAUGAAGUAUGGUUUUGCGAAUUCUCGCAUGAUGGCACGAAAUUGGUCACAGCGGGUCGGGACCGCAGUGUGAUAAUUUACGAUACAAGCACAUUUGACGUGCUUCAUAAGUUGACGGAGCAUGAUGACGGUGUCGCGCAGGCCAGUUGGAGCCCUGACGAUACCAAGCUGAUUACCUGCUCUCAGGAUAAAAUGGCUCGGGUGUGGAGUGUCGAAACCGGUCGUUGUCUUUUGACGAUUAAUCAUCAUCGCGAACCCAUAACAGCUGCGGCCUGGGCAGCCGACGGAGAGUCUUUUGUCACAGCUUCUCUUGACCUGGAGUCGCAACUCUGCCAUUGGAGCAUGCGUGGUCAGGCUCUCUACAUGUGGCCACGAGGCUUUCGUGUCCAAGACUGUACCAUUAGCGCUGAUGGGCGACGCUUGGUUGCUGCAGAUGUUGAUGGAAAAGUGCACGUCUAUAAUAUGCUAACGCACGAAGAAGAAUACUGUCUACCCAUGAAGAGCAAACCAACAUCUAUUGCCAUCAGCCGAGACUCACAGUAUAUGCUCGUGAAUCUGUCCGAAGGUCAGAUCCAUCUCAUCGAUAUCGAUACGACAGAAGUUGUCCGUCGCUUCCAGGGACAAAAACAAGGCUCCUAUGUUAUCCGGAGUACAUUUGGUGGAGCUGCUGAGAACUUUGUGAUCAGUGGAAGUGAAGAUGCUUGUGUAUACGUGUGGCACAAAGAGAACGGGGACCUCAUAGAGACGUUAGAAGGGCAUAUUUCUGGCUGCGUAAAUGCGAUAUCUUGGAAUCCUACGAAUCCUGGGAUGUUUGCUUCAGCAGGUGAUGACUAUUUGGUCAGAAUUUGGACUCGAGAGAGUGACACACCACGUAGCACUGUCCGUGGCAUUCAAAGAGCAAUGACCUCGAAGUUCCUUCCGCGUACCAGUGCCUUACGAUCAACGUCAAGUUUCCAAUAAUCUCCUCGCUCGGAAUCCGCUAUCUUACUAAUUCAAUAUCGAUACUCUAAUUGAAUCCCAUGAGAUUUGGAAUGCAGAAGAUCAAUCCACGUUUGCUCAU